AUGAACUUCUCGAGGAGCCACUCUCCUACGAAAAACCCAAUAGUUUUGACGAAAAGUGGCGGCAACAAUGGUUCAUUUGGACAAGUUAUUAACAAAACAAAGUCAGCUAUAUGCUUCUUAUGCCUUUUUGACGGAUUAAGGAUUCCAUCAAUACGUAGGCUUGUUAGAAAACCUCGAAAUAUCUGCGAUAGGCCAUUACUAACCUUCGAUCCUACAUACUAUGCACCAGAUUCUCGAAAAGCCAUAGAAGAUAUGUACAACAACGCAAUUAAGUGUCCUUGUGACUUUGCUGUUGAUCCAUCAGCACAAACAGUAUUGACUUUAUUACGAAAACAUUGUUCGUCAAUGCCACCACAAAGAAUAUUAUUACACUAUUUUGGUCAAGGCUGCCAUCCACCAUCCGACGAUGGAAAUCUGUUCUUUUUCUCAGAUGAUAGAUCGCGAUACAAACCAAUCAAAGUUGCCAACUUACUAAAUAGCUGCAAUUGCCCAAUUUGUGCAAUUAUCGACUCACCUUCAGCUGGCUCACUCUACAGAUCAUUCCAAUGCAAGCAUGAUGUAUUUGCAUUUUUUGCAUGUGGUGCAGGCGAACUUUUACCUGUUUCUACAGAUGCUCCUUUAGAUAUCUUUUCAUCUUGUCUUCUGUGCCCAUACGAGAUUGCCAUAUGGUUCUAUCAUCGUCACCACAGUGGAAUCAUCGAAGUUGAGAACAAUGCAACAACAGAAUCCAAAGACAGGUUAAUUCGAUUCUUAAAUUCCAUUUUAGAUUCAAUUCUUUUCGAUACACAGUCCCAAGACACAUACAACAGAUACUUAAUAGAUCCAGCAGUAUUCUCUCUUGCUCGUGGAUUCGUUCUAGCCCAGAGAGUUAUGUCUUCUUUCAAUAUUCAUCCUUCUUCCAUUCCAGAGCUCAAACCAAUGGAAUCUCAUCCACUCUGGGGAUUGUGGGACACAACACUUGAUUGUGCAAUAGCUUUGAAUUCAUCACAAAUGUCAUCCACAAUUUUUUCCCUCGUUACAACAUCAUUUGACACUUUUCCUUCCACUUCACUUUUCCCAAUCUUUGCAUAUUUCCUUACCACUGAGUACCACUUCCAAAUUGCGCAGCGUCUUUUGAACUACAUUGAUUCCAUGGAAGGAGCAGCCACAAUAGCAGCACAUUCAAUAAUUCCUUCUGUAAUUGUCAGCCUUGAAAAACCAUCUGUAUUAGCAUUGAUAAUUUUAUCAAAAAUCAUAGCUAUUUCCAAGUCUUCACCUUUUGAACAGCAGACACCCAUCAAUUUCAGUCUUGCAAAGGAUCCAGGAGUAUUAAAAGCAGGAAUGUGCAUGUUGUGUGUUUCUAUUUCUUCUUCUCCGAUGACUUCUUUUAACAGAUUGACACAAAUCUGUAUUGAUCAUGCAGCUCAUUGUGCACCAUAUUCCGCAUUGUUGUUGGGAUUGUUGGCAGAGAAAUCAGGUCGUUUGAUGACACUGCCAAAUUACAUUCCAAAAUUUUUGCCACUUUUGAAAUCAAGGAAAGAUGACAUCAGAUCAUCUGCUGUGUUUGUAAUAGGAAACAGCAGACAACCUGAUGCUGCACAGAUUCUUCUUCCUUUCUUGCAAGAUAAAUCUCCUUUCGUUAGAUGCCAAGCGAUUUGGGGUGUUUGCAAAUCAAUGGCUGUUUCGCAGACAAAGGAUUACAUUGACCAGAUUGAACAAAUGAUACAGGAUAAAGAUGAAAAUGUAAGAAAAACUGCAGAAUCACUUUUGCCAUAUAUCAAAAGUGAGGAAAUUAUUGAUGAAAUUAGAUGGCCACAGAACCACGUUUUGAUGCAACUUCUCGUGAAGAGUGUCAGCACAAAUGGCUUUGUUAUGAGAUUUGAAGAUGAUGUAUUUAUGCUUAAUUAA